UCCCACUUGCCCACGCUGCAGAUCUCCAUUGCAAAGAGCAGCUUACUUGAAUUUAAGCUUCCACGCUUGGUGAGGUCCAGAAGCAACAUAGUCCUGUCCAGCAUGGGAUCUAUGCUAUACCUUGUCCAUUUCCUCCUAACUAUGACUGUUUUCAGUCCAGUGCCUGCAGAAAGGCAAAUUGAGGAGCAUGAAGGGGACAGAGAUGCCUUUCCUCCACUCUGGCAGUUUGCACCUGGAAGCUUGGAAGAUUACUCCAAACAAGGCAACACCCUUGUCAUCAAUGCCUGGAACUACAUAGAGAGAAUGGGAUUAUACAAAAUCUUGCUCAACUCCUCAGCUAAGUAUUUUCUUAGUCUGGGACCAAAUAAUGUUGGCAAUAUUCUCUGGGGACUUCCCUUGCAGCAUGGUUGGCAAUAUGAAACAGGCAGACUAGCAGAUCCCUUGAAUGCCACAACAUGUGGCCAUAUGGAUGGAGACAACAUGUGCAUAUCCAUCAACAGCUGGUGGGCUUGCAUGAAUUACUACCUAUCAGUUAUUCCCUUUCUGGGAGCUGUGGAUAGUGGCUUCUUUGGAGAGCUGCCAUAUGAGGUAAAAAUACUCCCACCAGAUGGGCAGGAAGCUGAUUUCUGUCACACCACUACUGAAUGCAAUGCCCAGGCCCCAGCACUCAUGGAUGACUGGAGAAAGUUCUUCAAGUAUCUUUUAUCCACUGCACCAAGUACUGAGUCAUCUGCAACUCAUUCCUUCUCACAAGAUGAAGCACUAAAGUACAUGUGGAAAGCUCAUGUCCUCUCCAUCGGUUUUGCACUUCCAAAGUUUCGAAAUCGAUUACUUUAUCUCAGUGAUCCUGAAAGCAGCUUUGGGAAGGAUUGGGCACUUGCAGUUGACUUCAUUGCAGCCACACAUUUUCGUACAAAUCAGAACACAACAAACCACUUCCAGACUGGACUACCACCUCGAAUACUUUUGGAAGGAGACAAAGCACCUUUCAUUGCAGACUUCACACCUGUGCAGAACAGAGUGCUGUUUUUUCUUGGAGCUCUUCGGGGAGCCAAUGAGAAAAUUGGGAGAAUUUUGUUACCAUUAUGGAGAAUGGCCAUGUCUACAGAAGAAGGAAGAACAAUUGGCCGCAGCAUCCUUGAAGGUUUGGUUUAGCACAGGAGCAGGAAAAGUAUGGGCUGUGGGCCAUUAGUGGUUCCAGCAAAACCUGUCUGGUUUACUCCCUCGUUAAAUCAAGGACUUUCUUUGGAAGAAAAGGAUACAAAAUGUGGCAAAAUUGUUUUAUUGCAAAAAAAUAACAACAAACAAACAAACAACAACAACAACCAUAGAGUAUUCCUUUAUUUGGCUAGGGAGUAAACCAGCAGAUGUCUGACUUACUUUGUUUUUAAAUAUUAUUAUUAUUAUUAUUAUUAAACUUUAUUU